AUGGCCGAGCAGAAAACACCUCAGACCACGCAGACAACCUCAGGACGCCCUGCCAGCCGCGACAUCGGGCUGGUGCAGCAGAGAGCCUCCGUACACGCAGCCUCCGCAACGCAGCCCACGCCAACGACGACACAAGAGUCCACGUCUCGCCCACGCACUUCAGCACUGUAUCCCUGUGCGCUCUGCUCCAGGGAUCAUGUUUUGUCAGCCUGCCCAGCAUUCAGGGACAAGAACGUGGAGGAGCGCAUCAGUGUUCUGAAGGCCCAGCAGCUGUGUGUAAAUUGCUUGGGCCACCACAAUCUUCCAAGCUGCCGUACUGCACAACGAUGCAAAUUGUGCAGUGAGCAGCACCAUACAGCUCUUCAUGGUGGCAACCUUAUCCGGGUACUGGUGCCAUGCCCUCAGACCUCGCAGCCCGCUAUCGCCUCCGCGUCAUCGCAUUCCACGGCGAAGGCAUCGCAGACCACGCAAACUCAAUCGACAACGCAUUUAGACGUCGGUGCAGUCGUCGACGCCCACGUAGCCUGCUCAGCCCACGCAUUAAAGGACCACGCAGCCCACGCACUCAGACCACGCAGACCACGGACCACACUUCUAGCAACAGCACUCGCAAGAGAGCACACUGACCUCGCAACGCAGCAAGUAAGAAUUCAGGUCGAUUCAGGCUCUGAAGUUUCUCUUAUUUCAGAGUCUUCAGUAAAUCAGCUGAGCCUCAGACGAAAACGCUCCUCAUUGGAUGUCCACGGAGUUGGUGGAGCAAGGACCUCGCAGACUAAUGGAGUGGUCAAUAUUACCCUCCAUUCCAACUACAGACCACUUUCAGUCACCGUUCAAGCACACGUGCUCACAAAGGUGACUACUUGCUUGCCAUCGAAACCACCAUCUCAGCCAACGCUGCCAUCGCAUUUGGAGGAAUUGAAUCUCGCAGAUCCUCAAUUUCUCGUAUCCAGACCGGUGGACAUCAUUCUCGGAGCCGACGCAUACGGGCAAGUCAUCAAGCCAAACAUUAUUCGGAACAUUUCAACACCGUUGAUCGCUCAACUUUUGAUCUUCGGUUGGCUCGUAAUCGGGCCCCUCGAGGGCUCUCAGACCAUUCGCAGAACUUGUCAUCAGGAAGAGCCACCGCAGAACACGGCACCCUUGCUCACCCCAGACGAGCAAGAGUGCGAAGAUCAUUUCAAGACCACGCAUUCAAGAGAAUCCGCAGGAAGAUACAUCGCGCGAUUGCCCCUCAAACUUCAUCCUCGAGCACUUAGCAAUUCGUAUCAGACCGCGCACAUUUGCCUUCAACGGACUCUCAGACGACUCAGUAAGGACGCCCAGUACAAUCAGCUGUACACCAGGUUCAUGCUCGAGCAUGAGCAACUUGGUCAUAUGGUAAGACUGAACAACGACUCAAUAACUAGUCCGUUCCAGUACUUUCGUCCGCAUCAUGGCGUUGUGAAGUUGGGCAGCACGACCACCGCAUUGCGUGUGGUUUUCAAUGGCUCCAGUCCAACUUCAUCAGGAUACUCACUGAACGAUCAUCUACAUACUGGUCCAAAUCUGAUACUGAAUAUCGCAGAUCUGCUCAUUUGGAUACGCAUAUACAACAUCUGUUUGCAACUGAAGUCACGAAGAUGUACCGACAAAUCAAGGUGCAUCCAGAUGACUGGAGCUUGCAGCAGAUACUCUGGCUUGGUGACACGCACAAGGAAACGCAGUACCAGCUGA